GAAGUUAAAUUAACAAGGCAACAAUUCUGUCUAUUGAAUAAACAAACUUAUAUUAAGCUAUAGCAACAGUUUUUGUAAAACUACAAUAUUAUAAUACCCGAACCUCGUGUCCUGAGAAGCUAUAAUGUCUGUAUCGAAAAAGGGAUUUCAAAGGAGUUCCAAUAAUUAUGCCAGUCGAAGUAGUAAUGAAAGUCGUAUCAGUAAAGGAACACCAGAAACUGUUAGCGGUCGGCAGCAGGAAGAAAACUCAAUGAUUAAUCAAAAAUCCUCAAGCAGUAUAAUAAGCAAAUUCGCACAUCUUCGACCUAGGGGAGGUCUACGUGGAAAAGCAUAUUGGCGCGAUGUAAUCGAUGAGGUGGAGUUUGCAGUGCAUUGCGUUUCACAACCACGUUUGCCUGUAAUUGACUACUCGCUAGUGCUACCGCCUCGUCUUCGGGAACGUGUUAAGCAGAUACAGUCUUAUGACUUCUCGAGUUCAGACGAUGUUGUUUUUAUUCGGGACGAAAUGCGCGAGGAACGUCCACAUGACUAUCAGAUUGCUAGUGAGCAAGACAGUAGAGAAGAUGGGCAGGAUGGAGCUCCACUAGUAACGGACCAUGGGCGAAAAAAAUUGGAAGAACAAUUCAAUGAAAGCCAGCACUCCGACAUAGUGCGCAUGGAUCAUGAGUUUGAAAAGUUCGACCUUAGGCUGGAUGAGCCAGUGGGCCAUACGCAUCGAACACUGGACAAGACUAGUUGGUACGCCAAGUUUCUAUGUGCUACGCGGGACGAACGCGUUUCCUGGGACUCUAAGGUGGAACGGUCCAAGCCAGGAAGCGCCGUGUACACUUUGGAUGAGCAAGCAGAGAAUUUAAUGGAUGCGUCAGCUGAACGAUUUAUUCAUUGGCUUAACUCCAUCGGUACUAUGGAUACAUCAAUGACACCAGAGAAAGUAAAAAAUUUGUUCUCCAUUAAAGGCGAUCGUACACUUCUUGCCUCAGUCAAAACUGAUCCAAAAGAGGUUAAUGCCAUAGCGCAAACCGUGGCUGAUAAAUGGAACAAGCCUCACAUGGCAAUUGAACUGAAGUACGAAAAACACAUCAAUGACCAUGCAAUGCGCAUAUCUGAGAAACCGUUACUUAGCGCUUUUGGUCGAACAGUGCCACUUAAAGAACGACCAUGGGUGAAACGUUCCGGUGAUAAAGUCAUCGAGACCGUCUACCCCAACGAUCUUCUUACGCGUGAGAAAAUAUUUAAAGGCAUCACUCAUCUACGAAGCACUACGGCGUUGAUUGAUUUUUAUUUAAACAAUCCAAAAUUAGCGCGACCUUUAUAUUUGCUGCAAGGAGGAGACUUCCAAGAAAUGAGCACAAGUGAAUCCGUCGUAGAAGUUCCGCUCUAUGAAUAUUUGGGCUUACGUUAUUAAUUCGAGUUAUUCAACAUUUAUUAAUACUUUAGCCUAUUUUUAUUUGGAACAAUGUUAAAAUAUUAGUCACAUAAAUUAUCAGUUUAAUCUGCUCUUAUUAAAGUCAUGUUGAAA